AUGGCAUUACAGAAUAUGGGAUUUAAGCAGGCAGUCCCUGAUAAUUCCUUGUUUACUAAGGGAAAGGAAGAUCACUUUGUAGCAUUGCUAGUGUAUGUUGAUGAUAUUGUGAUUGCAAGUAGAAAUUUGAAUGCCAUACAGGAAGUCAAAGAUCAGCUCAGGACAAACUUUCAAAUAAAGGACUUAGGUUCUUUGAAAUAUUUUCUUGGAUUAGAAGUUGCCAGGCACAACAAAGGCAUAGCAGUAUGUCAGAGAAAAUAUGCUAUAGAAUUACUUGAAGAUACAGGUUUCACAGCCUCUAAACCUGUUUACAGUCCUACAGUGCCCUCACACAAGCUAAGCAAAAACAUGGGAAUACCUCUUGAAGAGAACAAUCAGUACAGGAAAAUUGUUAGAAAGCUACUCUACCUAACAAUUACUAGGCCUGAUAUCAGCUUUGCAACACAACAAUUGUCACAGUUUCUUGACAAGCCUACAGACCUACAUCUACAAGCUGCACACAGAGUACUAAGGUACAUUAAAGCAGCACCUGGCCAAGGGCUUUUCUUUCCAUCAUCCUCUAAUUUGCAGUUGAAAGCCUUCUCUGAUUCUGAUUGGGGAGCAUGUGUUGAUAAAAGAAAGUCUGUCACUGGCUUCUGUGUCUUCCUAGGGGAUGCCCUAAUAUCUUGGAAAUCAAAAAAGCAGCCCACAAUCUCUAAGUCAUCAUCAGAGGCAGAAUAUAGAGCACUAGCAGCCACAUCAUGUGAAAUACAAUGGCUAUCAUUCUUAUUAACAGAACUCCAAAUACAACAUUCAAAGGCAGUGGCUAUAUAUUGUGAUAGCAAAUCUGCUAUUGCAAUUGCGGAGAACCCUGUAUUUCAUGAAAGAACCAAACAUAUAGAGCUGGACUGCCAUCUUGGCUUGUUGGAUCUAUACAAUCCAACUUGCGGGGGAUUUCAGGAGAACAAGAUCAGUGCCACGUGUCAUCAUCCUAGCGCUUUGGUAGUUAAAAGCAGUUAUAGGGAGUUACCGGUCAAAAGUCCAUUGACUUCGACCUCUUGUUCUGUACAUACAUAUAGCUUCUUCUUGUUCCUUCUCUGUAAUAACUGA